AUGCAAUCAUAUUCUUCUUCAGACCCUCUAAGUCUCGAACUCGUGUCCUUAAUCCGGGCCAACGACGUCCCCGGCCUCCACGCCAAAUUCUCCAAGCGCGGUCGUCCUAAGAAAGAUACGCGAGCCAUCACAGAAGAAGAUAAAGUGUACUGUCUCCAAGUAGCCAUGCCGGAGGCUUCUCUGGAGGUCAUUGACACGCUGAUCGGAUCAGCUAUCCGGCACGAAAACACUCUCCGCUGGCUUCUCAUCCAUGGCGCAAACCCGAACAUAACGUCGAAUCCCAGACUGGUAGGUUCCUGCGCCGAUCGCACAACCCCUUUAGCAAGAGCUGCUGGAUCUGGACGAGUAAACGCCAUGGAGAUCCUGCUCGACCACGGCGCAACGCUAGAUCCCAACGCCAUGCGCAGCGCGAUCAAAGGGCAAAAGACAGACAUGUCAGCCCUGAGAUUCCUCAUCGCGAGAGGCCUGGAUGUAAAUCGAAGUAACCUCAAGAGAAGCACGCUUCUAAACCAAGCAGUGUAUCACAGGAACGUGGAAGCGGUCAAGGUCUUGUUGGAGGCGGGUGCUGAUCCCAACAUUGUGACAUCUGGUUCCACGGCUGCGGACUAUGCACGGAAAGUAGGCCGGGUGGCAAUAGCAGAGAUUCUGGAGGCGGCAAUGCCGAGGAGGAGUAGGAGACUUAGAGGGGUGAAACCACUUGCGCAAUGCUGA